AUGGACUCUAAAGAAGAUAUUCAGCCAAAGACCAAACGUGUGCGCACCAAUCCCACCAGAAAAUGGAGUUUAGUAGAGGAGAAGGCGCUUAUAGAAUUUUUGAUGGGACAUAGAGAUUUUGAGAAGCCGACUGCCCAGGCUUAUUACAGGCAAUUUUCAACGGAAAUGCAAGUGGAUAUUGAGUGGAAGCUGGCAAGAGCAAAGGUACGAAACAUGCGUACAAGCUUUAACAAAGCGAAAAGUUGGGAAGGUUCAACAGGCGCCGGCAGCAUGGAAGGCGAAACUAUGAGAGCUACUUUAGUCAAAAUGUGUACCUUUUUUUAUGAGCUCGACGACAUUUUUGGUAGCAGAAUUGUUGAAGCGGCAAUUAUCGAAGAUACGGUAGAACCUGAUCCAAUUGAGGAAAUGUUCGAGGUUAUUGAGGUAGAUGCCGAAGAAAACUCGACGUCACAACCCAAUGUUCAGCUUCCUAGUCCAGCUUCCACCAGCCGUAAGGGUAUAUAUUCCCGGACUGCAUUAUCGGAAAUAUUGCAAAUGCAGUCCGAAAUGUUCAACUAUAAAAAGGAGAAAGGUGGCCAAGAGCUCAAAUUUAAAGAAAAAGAAUUGGCACUGAAGGAAAGAGAAAUUGAUCUCAGAGAGAAGGAGCUCACAAGCAACGAACGAUUAAAAAUAAUGGAGCUUGAAAUGAAGGAGAGAAUAGCAAUGGAGGAGCUAAAGCACAAAUAUAAAUAA